AUGGGCUCUGCUGACUUCAAAAGCAAGAAGCCCAAACCAGCUACAGCUGGGGCUGCCGGGCAGGCAGGCAGGCAAGGCUACACCUUCACCCUCAAGGACCGAAACUGCGGAGGCGCGAGAGGGUGCGGCAAGCUCAGAGGGGGCUGGGUGCAAGGACGCCCCGCGCGGUGCGGCGGGCAGAGCGCGCGGCGGGAGCGACCCAGAGAGGAGCCGGAGGCGCGGUCCCGAGGCGGCCCUGCCUGCCGCUGCCGACUCCGCUGCUGCCCGCCCCGCCCGUGCGCCACGCCGCGCGUCAGCGCAGAGGCCCCGGAGGCUCAGCCCUGGGGACCCGGCCCCCGAGGACCGGCGACGACGGGAGUGGGGCUGGGGGCGCGCGUCUGCGCGGGGCCGCCUACGGGACGGCGCCGUCUGCGCACCCCACCUCGAGCCGGACUCCGAGGCCGCGGCGACCGCAGCAGCAGCAGCGCCGCAUCCCCACGGUCAGACGGGGCGGAGUCCAGGCUCCUGGAACCUGCACUCGAGGAGCGGCUCGGGACCGCAGCCCGGCCGUGGGCAGCCUUCCUUACUCCGGAAGUCAGCUUAUCUGAAACUGUAAACGAAAGCGGGAAGGCCCUGGAAGGCGGACCUGGCGGCAAGCCCUCUCCUCUUCCGGGAGAGCAGAGGUCUGUGAGCGGGGCAGCCGCACCCUCUAGCGGCCGCGUGGAGAACGACAGGGACCGGGCACCUUCCUAG